AUGGAGAAAAAGAAAAGUUCUGCGUCCAAAGCGAAGGCAGGGGACGCCGACUCGACGUCCAAGAAGGUUAAGCUCCCUAAAUCGUACAUUUUGAGACCCAAUGACCCCGAAAAUAGUCUGAAUAAAAGUAUAUCAAAAGUGUGGGUAAAUAAUGAUAUUCUCAUCGGAAUGGAAAUAACGAGUGGUUCGGUGGUUUUGAUCCGCAAUGCUGAAUCCAGUAGUCCUGGAGUUGUUGCUCGAGUGUUUGAGUCGAAGGAAUGUGACAAAACAGAGUUAUUAAUGAGCUCUAAUUUACGCAAGCUUGGUGCGUUUCUUCUAGGCGACAGAGUUGUGUUUGGUCCAUUUGGAAAACAGCCAAGCUAUGCUCUGGACGUUCAUAUUGCGGCAAUUGAGCAAAGUACAGAAAUUGACCUUGAAAUAUGGAGAAAACCAAUCCAGAAGACUCUCGAUGACAUAGGCCUCAUUUGCCCAGGUAUGGCCUUUCUGGCGACCUUAGAUGGUACCACCACCCAAUUUUCUAUUACUGACAUAUCCACCGACGUUCAAGAGAGACUAGAGGGUCUUUCUCUCGACUCAAAAACUUCCAACUCGUUAACUGUGUCUCCUCCAUUCAUCUAUGCCAAGGGUAAAACAGACAUUAUUCAAGCUUCCACUGCCACUUUUUCCAAAGCAAAGUACCCUUACUUGCCGCAGCCAACGGGGUUUCUGAAUAUAGGAGGUCUUGAUAAAGAAAUCUCUUUGCUUCGGUCCAUAAUCGAAGUGCCGUUAAACAACCCCGGUUUGUUUGCAGAGUUUGGCAUAGCUCCUCCCAGAGGUGUCCUUCUUCAUGGACCUCCUGGAACUGGAAAAACCAUGCUAUUGAGGUCCGUGGCUAACGAAGUUGACGCUCAUGUGUUGGCGGUGAAUGGACCUUCGAUUGUAUCAAAAUACCUUGGAGAAACCGAGAACGCAUUACGAGAAAUAUUUCUGGAAGCUCGCCAGUACCAGCCGUCCAUUAUCUUCAUGGACGAAAUUGACUCGCUAGCUCCAAACCGAAAUUCUGAUGAUAGUGGUGAAACAGAGUCGAGAGUUGUAGCUACCUUGUUGACUAUGAUGGACGGAAUGGGCGAGUCAGGAAGAGUGGUCGUGAUUGGUGCUACAAACAGACCCAAUUCCUUGGACCCAGCUUUAAGAAGACCUGGAAGGUUUGACCAAGAAGUGGAAAUUGGGAUUCCAGAUGUUAAUGCAAGAUUGGAUAUUCUUUCCAAGCAAUUUGGAAAAAUGUCAAAGGAAAAAUGCUGCUUAGAAGCAAAAGAUAUCAGUGCUGUGGCUUUAAAAACCCAUGGAUAUGUCGGUGCAGAUCUCACUGCGCUUUGUCGUGAGUCUGUGAUGAAAGCAAUCAAUAGAGGAAAGAAGACUGAUACACCUCAAGGCGACAUCAAGCUUUACAUUGACGAUGUUGAAGAAGCGUUACUAGAGAUCAGACCAUCAGCAAUGCGAGAAAUCUUCCUUGAGAUGCCCAAAGUUUACUGGUCAGAUAUAGGCGGACAAGAAGAGCUCAAGAGGAAACUAGUUGAAGUUGUGCAAUUGCCGUUGGAAGCUACCUCCACAUUUGCAAACUUGGGAGUUCUGGCUCCCAGAGGAGUGCUCUUAUAUGGACCUCCAGGAUGCUCCAAAACGCUCACGGCGAAGGCACUUGCAACAGAGCUGGGUCUCAACUUCUUGGCAGUGAAAGGACCAGAAAUAUUCAACAAGUAUGUGGGUGAAUCAGAGCGUACAAUUCGAGAAAUCUUUCGCAAAGCGAGAGCUGCUUCUCCUUCGAUUAUAUUUUUCGACGAAAUCGAUGCCAUAUCUGGGGACCGGGAUUCAGCAAGUACCUCAGCAGCUCUGCAAGUAUUAACAACUUUGUUAAACGAAAUUGACGGUGUGGAAGAAUUAAAUGGAGUUGUCAUUGUCGCUGCUACUAAUCGGCCCACCGAAAUUGACCCUGCCUUACUUCGUCCAGGAAGAUUAGAUCGCCAUAUCUACGUUGCUCCUCCCGAUUUCGAAGCGAGAUUACAGAUCUUGCAAACAAGAACUGCCAAAUUUAAUCUUCCAGAGUCGGUAUCAUUGGCAGAAAUUGCUGAGCUUACCGAAGGCUGUUCUGGAGCCGAAGUGGCACUUGUCAGUCAGGAAGCAGGGCUUGCAGCUGUCAUGGAAAAUAAGAGAGCUACCCGAGUAGAAAAGCGUCAUUUCGACCAUGCAUUGAAGGGUGUUUCUCGUGGUAUAACAGAAGACAUGCUCGAUUAUUAUAGAGAGUUUGCAGCCAGAGGCGGUCUCAAUAUAUGA